AUGAGUCGAAACCUGAAAAACGUCCUGGUUGUGUCUUUUGGAUUUUUAUCUCUGUUUACUGCCUAUGGAGGACUCCAGAGCUUACAGAGCAGCCUGAAUUCGGAGGCGGGGAUGGGUGUGGCAUCUCUGAGUGUCAUCUAUGCCUCCAUCAUCCUGUCCUCCAUGUUCCUCCCGCCCAUUCUCAUCAAAAACCUGGGCUGCAAAUGGACCAUUGUGGCUUCGAUGGCCUGCUAUGUUACAUACUCAUUUGGCAACAUCUACCCAGGAUGGGCUACGCUGAUCCCCACCUCUGUCAUCCUGGGACUGGGCGGUUCUCCGCUGUGGUCUGCCAAGUGCGCUUACCUCACCAUAAGCGGGAACCUGCAGGCAGAGAAAGACAACAAGAAGGGCCAGGACGUGAUUAACCAAUACUUUGGAAUCUUCUUUCUGAUCUUCCAGUCCUCUGCAGUGUGGGGGAACCUCAUGUCAUCACUAAUAUUUGGUCAAGAUUCAAAUAUAGCUGAUAUCCCAGAGGAAGACCUGAAAUUUUGUGGUGCUGGCAUCUGCAAUAACAAUAUUACCGCCACAGGAAACUCAACAAGGCCAGAGCAGACACUGGUGAACAUACUGCUUGGCUGCUAUAUAGGUGUUGGGAUCCUGGCGAUGAUUCUGGUGGCCGUGUUUCUGGAUAACAUAGACAGGGACACAGUGCGAGAGUUCAGGGGGAACAGAGAGCCGUUCUGCAACACCUUCCUGGCCACGUUCAAACACCUCAGAGACAAGAGGCAGCUGCUGCUCAUACCCCUGACCAUGUACAGCGGCUUUGAGCAGGGUUUUCUGUCAGGGGACUACACCAAGUAUUAUGUGACCUGCGCACUGGGCAUACACUUUGUGGGAUACGUGAUGAUCUGCUUCGGCGCCACAAAUUCCUUGUGCUCCUUUGUCUUCGGGAAGCUGUCGCAGUACACAGGGAGAGUGGCCCUGUUUGGCUUGGCUGCAGUGUCAAACUUCUCCUGCAUCCUGGCUCUGUUGUUCUGGCAGCCCCACCCGAACCAGCUGCCUCUGUUCUUCGUGUUUCCUGCUCUGUGGGGGAUGGGGGACGCGGUGUGGCAGACACAGACCAAUGCCCUCUAUGGUGUUCUAUUCCCCAACCAAAAGGAGGCGGCAUUUGCCAACUAUCGAAUGUGGGAGUCCGUGGGAUUUGUGAUAGCCUUUGCUUACAGCAACUUUAUCUGCCUGGACACAAAGCUCUACAUACUCAUAGCAGUCCUGAUCCUUUCGAUGGUGCUCUACGCCUGGGUGGAGUUUGAAGAACACAAAAAUCCCACUCCUGGGGUGGAGGCCAAAAAAGACACGACAGAAGAAAAGGGGAACACCAACCUGAAUGCUGGAAACAUUACAGAGAAACCGGUUAUUAUUGCUCAAACCAACUUGUAG